AUGAAUGGAGCAGUUGAAGCAGCCAACAAAAACAUCAAAAGGAUUCUAAGAAAGAUAGUGGACAAUCACAGGCAGUGGAAUGGGAAAUUGUCCUUUGCCUUACUAGGUUAUCGGACCAUCAUGAGGACAUCCACUGGGGCAACGCCAUACAUGUUGGUAUAUGGCACUAAAGUUCUGAUACCCGCAAAAGUCAAAAUACCGUCCUUGAGAGUCAUUCAAGAAGCCAAACUAGACGAUGCAGAAUGGAUACGGGUCAGGGAGGAGCAACUCAUGCUCAUUAAUGAGAAGAGAAUGGACGCAAUAGGCCAUGGUCAGAUAUAUCAAAUAGGAUGGCUAGCCCAACAAAAGGGUGAAACCUCGCCAAUUUAUACCUGGGCAGUUGGUUUUGAGAAAAUAUUACCUCAUCAAAAAGAAGCCAAAGGAAAGUCUGCGCCCAAUUGGCAAGGUCCUUACGUGGUCCACCGAGUGUUGUCGGGAGGAGCUCUGAUCUUGGCAGAGAUGGACGGAACAGUCAUCAGGAAGCCUAUCAACUCAGACACAAUCAAGAAAUACUACAUUUGA